AGAAUGGCGUCUCCAGACAAGAGUCUGCAUUUGAACAUGCCCAUGAUGCCACCACCAAUGCAUUCGCGCGCCGGCAGCGACCUGGGCGAGCGACCUCUUACCNCCACCUCCCCACGACACCAGAACCAGAACCACAAUGCGCAAGCUUUCAUCUCUCCGGCCCAAACACCGCAGGGCAGCCCCAGCAAGAACCGCAUGCCCCCAGGCGCUUUCGACCUGCCCGAUGUAUUCUCCAAUGCCAUGAAACUCCUGCCCACUCUGGGCUCUCCUUCGAAGACUCCCAGAAACCAAGAUCACAGCCCUACGCGAAAAUCCAACAAGGAGAACACUCCACCUACUCGUCCAGGCGCUCAGCAACAAGACCACGUCAGCCAGGCUGCAGCGAGCAGGCAGAGCCAGUAUCGCGGCCAGGACGAGCAGCCCCUGAGCAGACAGCGCAGUGUUAUUUCUGGUGGCCUAACACAAGAAGAGAUUGAGAAGCUGCAGAAGCCCACUGUCAAGCGUCUGGCUAACGUCACUCAACUCUNNGUAGGUACAUUCUUCUUCAGCUUGCUGGAAUACGCUAACAGUAUAGACUUCCUCGACCACUACUAUGAUCUUCUCAACUACGUCUCAACCCGCCAGAAGCGUACCGAGCUCUUCCACGCUCACAACCCUCCGCCGCCGCAGACUCCCAACGAUGAAUACCAAUCCAACAUGCAACAGUACCUCGGACGCGAACGUGCAAAGCUCCGCGCCAGACGCACUCGUCUCAACCAUGGUGACUUUGCCAUUCUCACUCAGGUCGGCCAGGGUGGCUAUGGUCAGGUCUACCUGGCGCAANAGAAGGACACACGCGAAGUCUGCGCUCUCAAAGUCAUGAGCAAGAAGCUCCUCUUCAAGCUCGAUGAAGUGCGCCACGUCCUGACCGAGCGCGACAUUCUCACCACCGCAAAGAGCGACUGGUUGGUUCGUCUUCUGUACGCUUUCCAAGACGACGCCAGCAUCUACCUCGCCAUGGAGUAUGUUCCUGGUGGUGACUUCCGCACUCUCCUCAACAAUACUGGUGUUCUGCACAACCGCCAUGCUCGUUUCUACAUCUCCGAAAUGUUCCUCUGCGUUGACGCAUUGCAUCAGCUCGGCUACAUCCAUCGCGACCUUAAGCCUGAAAACUUCUUGAUCGAUAGCACUGGUCAUGUCAAGCUCACCGACUUUGGUCUGGCUGCUGGUUUCCUGGCCCCAGCCAAGAUUGAGAGUAUGCGCAUCAAGCUUGAGGAAGUUGGAAACAUGCCCCGCGAUGCUAUUCCCUUUGGCAGGCCCAUUGAGGAGCGUUCACUACAGGAGAGAAGAGAAGGUUACCGCAGUCUACGUGAGCGCGACGUCAACUACGCAAAGAGUAUCGUGGGAAGCCCCGACUAUAUGGCUCCUGAGGUAUUGAAGGGCGACGAGUACGACUUCACCGUCGACUAUUGGUCUCUUGGAUGUAUGCUCUUCGAGGCUCUUGCUGGAUACCCGCCGUUCGCUGGUGCCACAGUCGACGAGACAUGGCAAAAUUUGAAGCGCUGGUCAUCUGUCCUGCGCAAGCCUGAGUACGAAGAUCCUAACUACUUCCUCUCUCGUCGUACCUGGGAUCUCAUCACUCGUCUCAUUUCCGGAAAGAAUCAGAGACUGCGUGGUAUGUCGCAAGUCAAGGCACACGCCUACUUUGCCGAGGUUCGCUGGGAUCGUUUGCGCGAGGAGCGUGCUCCUUUCGUGCCCGAGCUCGACAGCGAGACUGAUGCUGGUUACUUCGACGACUUUGAGAGCGAGAAGGACAUGGCCAAGUACAAGGAAGUCAAGGACAAGCAGAAGGCGCUCGAAGAGAUGGCCGAGAGAGACGAAAAGAUGGGCCGCAACCUGUUUCCUGCUGUCGACGAGAACGGCGAACGCACUAGCCCUCGUAAGCCUCUGCCACAAGUGGAUGAGGACUUUGGCACCAUUUUCUAG